AUGCCGAAUUCCGAUCUUCCGGCGCAGAUCUCUAGAAUAGAGUCAAAUGGAUCAAUGGAGCUUCCUCUUCUGCCGCAGUUUGGUAGGAUUGAGACGACUGGACUUGUGGAUAACCCAACUGUUCCGGCGCAGACCGUCGAAACAGAGGAAAAUGGAUGUAUGGAUAACUCUGUUCCAGCGCAGAGCACCGGGAUCAAGAAAACGGGCAUGGGAUCUGAACAGAUUAUGGAUAUUGAAUCCUCCCGGCCACUCUUUUGUCAGCGCGACUUGGGAAACCUCGAUCCUAAAACCGAAGGACUUGUCACCGGCAAAUGUGACGUAACUCCUGAGUCGGAAAAGACCGUGUUGGUCGGAACUGACAUUUCCGUCACUUGUCCUGAGAACAAGUUUUGCAUUAGUCUUCCUCAGGUCGUAAAACGAGGAAAUAAGAAAACUUGCAUCGACAACUUUUCACUGCUUUGCAAAGAACUUGGUAGAGAUCUACGCCACGUAUCAUCGUUUAUCCUAUCCGAGUUAGGAGCUAGUGGAGUUCUAACCAAAGAUGACUACCCGUCUCUCGUGCUGUCUUCCCCAGGAAGAGGAUACAUCAGUCAUAAGAAGAUUGAAGACAUUUUGCGUCUCUAUGCGUUGGAAUACGUCUUGUGUCGCGAAUGCCACUCUCCAGAUACAAUUCUCAAACAGGACGAUAACAAGUGUUUCAUUCUUGAGUGUGAUUCGUGGGUUACUUGCGGUGCAGUAUGCUCAGUGGCACCCAUUAAAUGCAAGAAGCGUGUUCAAAGAGCCUAA